AUGCCUAAUAAAGAUAUAUUAGUGGAUGAUAAGGCGGUUAGUGUCUACAGCAAUAAAGGCGACUUGAGCGAUGAUGAUGUCCGAUCUGUCCAUCAAACUCCACUUAUCAAGAGUGAAGCCGAGAAACGUCUUGUUCGAAAAAUCAACUUGACUUUAUUACCGUUUGUUGGUGCCAUUGUCUUUAUUCAAUUUGUCGAUAAAUCUACACUCAGUAUCUCGGCUGUCUUGGGUCUCAUUCAAGACACAGGCUUAACUGGUAGUCAAUACAGUUGGCUUGGUUCUUUUUUCUACUUGGGCUACAUUUCAUUUCAACUUCCAAAUAAUUACUUGAUUCAAAAGAUACCUAUUGCUAAAUACCUUGGAUCAUUGCUUGUCGUGUGGGGCAUUGUCAUGGCAUGCACUGCUCUCUGUCAUAACUUUGCUCAAUUAGCCGUCCUAAGAACAUUGUUAGGUCUAUUUGAAGCAGGCUGUUAUCCUUGUCUAUUGAUCAUUAUCAAUACUGUCUAUCGAAGAUCAGAACAAUCUGCUGCUUAUGGUUUUCUUUGGUUAAGUAAUGGUGCAGGUACAAUGGUUGGUGCAGCCUGUGCUUAUGGUAUCUCUUUUAUUAAUAACGCAAAUGGCAUUUCAUCAUGGAGAUGGCCCUAUAUUAUCUGGGGCGCACUCACUGUUCUCUUUGGUGUUCUCGUCUUUUUCUUUUUGCCUGAUAGUCCUAACCACUUUAUGUUUCGACUGACAGAAGAAGAGAAAGAGAUUGUUAAAGAAAGAACCCGCGACAAUGCUGUAGUCCGUGUCUAUGAAGUCAAGAUGUCUCAUAUUUGGGAAGCUAUUCUAGAACCUCGUCUCUGGCUUGUUUGUCUUUCUACAUUCUGUAACAAUCUUCAUACAGGUGGUCUUGUAGUAUUUAGUACAUUGAUUGUCAACAGUCUUGGUUUUAGCGGCCAAGAAUCCAUUUUGCUUCAAGUGCCUAGUGGCUGUGCCUCUGCUUGUUUCUGUGCUCUCGCUGUCGUUAUUGCUCGUAAAUCAGGUCAAUUGUAUCUUGGUGCUGCUGUCUCUUCCACCAUUUCAUUGAUUGGUGUGAUUCUUUUAGCAGUUCUUCCUAAUUCAGCCAUUAAGCUUUUGGGUUACUUCCUUGCCUGGGCUAUGAAUGGUACUGCUGUCAUUUUAUUGACUGUAGUCGGGGCCAAUGUGACAGGCUACACCAAAAAGUUGUUCUACAAUGCUAUGAAUAUGAUCUUUUUUACCUUGGGUAAUUUUGCUGGUCCACUUGUGAUGCUGUCUCGAGAAGCACCUACUUACAAGACAGGGAUGAUUGUUUACUGUAUUGGCAAUGGUGCCAUUCUGCUCAUGUUGUUUGCUGUUCGUCAACUUAUGGCAAGACAAAACAAGAAAAGAUUAGCUAAUCCUCCUACUGAAAAGUAUGAUGGUACAGAAGAUCUUACUGACCAACAAAACAAGUCUUUUAUCUAUAAAUUGUAA